UCCUCCGUCCCCUCCUGCCGCGCGGCGUGAGCGCCGGGCUCGGGGGCCCCCCCCGGCCGCCCGCCCCCUCCCCUCCCUCCCCUCCCCACCCCACCCCACCCCUCCCCUCCCCCCGGGCCGCGCGCCCCCCCCCGCCCCCACCCCCCCAUGGACAUGCUGGACCCGGGUCUGGAUCCCGCUGCCUCGGCCACCGCUGCUGCCGCCGCCAGUCACGACAAAGGACCCGAGGCAGAGGAGGGCGUCGAGCUGCAGGAGGGCGGGGACGGCCCUGGGGCGGAGGAGCAGACGGCGGUGGCCAUCGCCAGCGUCCAGCAGGCGGCGUUCGGCGACCACAACAUCCAGUACCAGUUCCGCACAGAGAAUAAUGGAGGACAGGUGACAUACCGCGUAGUCCAGGUGACUGAUGGUCAGCUGGAUGGCCAAGGCGACACAGCAGGCGCCGUCAGCGUCGUGUCUACGGCUGCCUUUGCUGGGGGGCAGCAGGCUGUGACCCAGGUGGGUGUGGAUGGGGCAGCCCAGCGCCCGGGUCCCGCUGCUGCCUCUGUGCCCCCAGGUCCGGCAGCACCCUUCCCACUGGCUGUAAUCCAAAAUCCCUUCAGCAAUGGCGGCAGCCCAGCAGCUGAGGCUGUCAGUGGGGAGGCACGAUUUGCCUAUUUCCCAGCAUCCAGUGUGGGAGAUACCACAGCUGUGUCGGUACAGACCACAGACCAGAGCUUGCAGGCCGGAGGCCAGUUCUAUGUCAUGAUGACGCCCCAGGACGUGCUUCAGACAGGAACGCAAAGGACGAUUGCACCCCGGACACACCCCUACUCCCCGAAAAUUGAUGGAACUAGAACACCCCGGGACGAGAGAAGGAGAGCUCAGCACAAUGAAGUGGAGCGGAGGCGGAGGGACAAGAUCAACAACUGGAUUGUCCAACUUUCAAAAAUCAUUCCAGAUUGUAAUGCGGACAAUAGCAAGACAGGAGCGAGUAAAGGAGGGAUCCUGUCGAAGGCCUGCGACUACAUCCGGGAGCUGCGCCAGACCAACCAGCGCAUGCAGGAGACCUUCAAGGAGGCCGAGCGGCUGCAGAUGGACAAUGAGCUCCUGAGGCAGCAGAUCGAGGAGCUGAAGAAUGAAAACGCCGUGCUUCGUGCCCAGCUGCAGCAGCACAACCUGGAGAUGGUGGGCGAGAACAACCGGCAGUGACGCCCGCCCGUCGUGCAGCGGGGGCCUCUGGGCCUCUGCUGCCCCCUUCCCCAGCCCUUAGCACAGAGAGGGACACAUGCCCCUCCCCCAGCUGCGUUUUUUUAUAGUAGAUUUUUAACAAAAUAAAUGGGGAGAAGUAAUGCAUUUCUGUGGAUAAGCACCCACCGCUCUCCUCAACGUGGAAAUGAUGUCCUCCCUCCCCAUCUGUCUGUGUCCCUUCUCCCGGCCCCCACUAAGCCCCAGCACUUCUAGUGGUCUCGCCUGGAGGCAAAAGGGAGGAGGACAGAGGCCCUGCCAUAUCCCACUGCCUCUUUGGUCUCUAGAGGUACUGUGACGGUGCUUAUGGGAAGGAGGGGAGCCUUUGGGGGGCCAUCCCUGGGACCUGGACCUAAGCAGGGAGGCCGUGGCCCACCCCACCUCUUGUUUCUGGAUUCCUGCUCCCCUUUGGGUGUGUGUGUGUGUUUUAAUUUUCUUUAUGGAAAAAAUGGACAAAAAAAAUAGAGAGAGAGAGAGGUAUUUAACUGCAAUAAACUGGCCCCAUGUGGCCCCGCCUUGUC